UUCACUCGCUCUUUCUUAGCGCCGUUUUAGCUCCAACAACGAUGGUAGAAGAAGCUCCAGCACUGGCCAGCUCGGCCCCCGCCAAGGCUCCUAAAAAGAAGACCGCGGCCGAACCCAAGAAAGCGGGUCCCAGCGUCGGCGAGCUGAUCGUCAAAGCUGUUUCCGCUUCCAAGGAGAGGAGCGGCGUGUCCCUGGCCGCCCUGAAGAAAGCUCUGUCUGCAGGUGGAUACGACGUGGAGAAGAACAACUCCCGCGUCAAACUCGCCGUCAAAAGCCUGGUGACCAAGGGCACCCUGGUGCAGACCAAGGGCACCGGCGCCUCAGGAUCUUUCAAGCUCAACAAGAAGCAGACCGAGGUGAAGAAACCCGCGGCCAAAAAAGCCGCCGCUCCUAAAGUGAAAAAGGCCGCAAAGAAACCCGCCGCUGCAAAGAAGCCCAAGAAGGUAACAGCCAAGAAGCCCGCAGCUAAGAAGUCCCCCAAGAAGGCCAAGAAACCCGCUGCUGCCGCUAAGAAAGCCACCAAGAGCCCCAAGAAGGCUAAGAAGCCGGCGACCCCCAAGAAGGCAGCCAAGAGUCCUAAAAAAGCCAAGGCAGCCAAACCCAAAACGGCCAAGGCCAAAAAAGCUGCCCCCAAGAAGAAGUAAACUUGUUCCUGUUUUCUUAUCUUCAUUUUCUUAAAACGGCUCUUUUAAGAGCCACCUAUAUCUUCCUCUAAAGAGUCUCGUUUCCUAAGCACAUACAUACAUAUAAGCAUGCAUGCGAACAUACAACUAUUCAUACAUGCAACCAUCCAUACAUCCAUAUUUUGUGGAGAGUGUAAUAAGCAAGGAGUUCAAAACACUAAGCAUGACUGGCCUGUUUUAUGUGUAAUAAUGAUUUUGUCACACAUCCUCAUAAAACUGUCCGUAUAAAUGUGUGUAUGUAUGUGCACUCACGUAUAUGAGCUCUUUACAUAAUGUAAUUGUUAGUGUAAAUGUUAUUGUGACAUAAUAUUAUGUAAUUGUUGCUUAAGAGAAGCUUUUCUGUAUCAUACAUUACAUGGACGGGAGAACGGAGGAGCAAAAUUAAAACUUUAAACUUAGAUUUUGAAAUAAAUAAAAAAACAAUUAUGUUUGGAAUCUUUGAAAACACUUCUCAAAAAAUAAA